AGUUCCUACUUCCUAAUUCAUAUUUCAUCUGUUAUAACUUGAUUAUGGUGUUAUACUUAAAAAUUAUUUACAGCAAAAUAAACAGUGAGAUUUAAGCCUGUAAAAAAGUACAACAGAAGAAAUCGCUUUAGCGUUCCUUUUUUAUAAAACUGGGUUAUAAAGUUAUGUUCAAUGUAUAUCAAACAAGUUAUCUGUAACUGUAAUAUUAAUAUGAUGAAUGGUUAUGAUUUAAGCAAUGAUUAUGUUAUUGCUGAACUUGUUAAAGACCAAAUUUUAGAAAAUAUUUUCUCUUUUCUUAACUUGAAGGAUUUGAAGAAUUGCAUGUUAGUAUGUAAAACGUGGUUUAGAAUUCUCGGUGACGAAAACAACGAACUGUGGCGAUUUCACUGCAUCAGAAGGUUGUCUGAGGAAGUGUUGAGAUCUGACUUACUUUCAAAUUUACCUACAUAUAAAACUAAGUUAAGAGCAUACCUUCAUGCAUGGAGCCCUUAUGACUGUUCACGAAAUAUUUACAUUAAACCAAAUGGAUUCACUCUUCACAGAAAUCCGGUUGCACAAAGUACAGAUGCCUGUAGGGGAAAAAUUGGGUUUAGUAGAGGAAGACAUGCCUGGGAAGUUAUUUGGGAGGGACCAUUGGGUACUGUUGCUGUUAUAGGAGUUUCAACUAAACAAGCACCAUUGCAAUGUCAAGGUUAUGUGGGCUUACUAGGUUCUGAUGAGUCCAGCUGGGGGUGGAAUCUUGUUGAUAAUAUAUUGUUACAUAAUGGAGAAACUCAAGGGGACUAUCCCAUGAUGAACAACAGUCCAAAAUAUCAAGUUGGUGAACGAGUAAGAGUCAUUUUGGAUUGUGAUUCAGGCACUUUAUGUUUUGAGAAGAAAUAUGAAUUUUUAGGAGUUGCAUUCAGAAAUCUUCCAUUCAACACUAAAUUAUAUCCAACAGUCUCAGCAGUGUAUGGAAAUACUGAAGUAUCAAUGGUGUAUGUAGGAUUACCUCUAGAUGGCUGAUGUAAAGUAUAAUGUUUAGUUUGAAAAUUAUUCUAGUCAAUAGAGUGUGAUAUUUUAGUUAUGUAAAUAUUUUAAGUGAUGUCCAAAGAUGGUAUUUUAUUAAGCUUCACUCUAUUCAAUAUUAACUCACAAGUCUAGUUUCAAUUUUUAUACUUGAGAUACAGUAAUUUGCAAGUUUUGUAUAUUUUAGGAUUUAAGGGUAAGCAGGAAGUACAGAAAGUAUAUUACUAUGUACCUUGUAUCACAGUAACUAACAUCCACCCACUUUGUAGCAAAUAACAACAUACAAGUUGUAUGAUGUUAUUUGCUACAAAGCGGUGCAAUUUAAAUAUGAUUUACAUAAUAGAAAUUAAAAUAGAAAUUCACUCGAGUAAAUCAAUUAAUUCCCAUAUUACCAAAAUAACAAAAUUGCAACAUAUAUUUAAAAAAAAAGUAUGAUCCUAUCAAAGCACUUUAUUUUAUUGAACUUACUUACUAAAGUGCAAGAACUUAUUUUAUUUAUUAUUCUGUUAAGUAUUAAUUUCAGUUAUGCUAGGUUUCACAUGAAAUCAUUACUAAUGUUUUGAAUGUAUGUUUUUAUAAACCUAGGCUAAUCUAAUAUACCUAAAACAUAAAAUACUUAUAAGUGCUUAAUGUCCUAGUCAUGACAAUGUUGAUAGGUUAGUAAUAUUUAAUAUAGGUUUAUAUAAUAUUCUAUCUCAUAAAUAUUAAUUUUCAUGAUGGUAGUGGCAAAAAUAUUUUUGUCUUGUGAUGUAAACAUUCCUUUAUUCUAUUUUAGUUAAUAAUGAAUGUAGGUUUCUAUUUCCUUUUCUUGCUUGUUAUAUUUUUUACACAAAUAAAAUUUUACACCUACUGCAAAUGUAUAUUACACCAAUUGCA